AUGUCAGAAAAUCAGCAUUCUCUCGUCGUCGAAGAGUCUCUCCAAGAGAACAAGGAGACUAACAAUGAAGAGAAACCCGAAGAUGAACUUGAUUUGACUCAAAAGCAUUCCUCUGAAAAUGGAGAAGAAGCUGAAAAAGUUGAUGAAGAAGAAGAAGAGGAAGAGGAAGAAGAAGAAGGAGAGGAGGAUGAAGAAGAAGGAGAAGAAGAAAAAAAGUAUGUGGUGUUAGAUUUACCUUCACUUCGGAAAGAGAUCGAAUGCCCUAUCUGUCUUGGCAUCAUUCGAAACACAAAUACUGUAAUGGAAUGCUUACAUCGCUUUUGCAGAGAGUGCAUACACAAGAGCAUGCGACAUGGUAACAAAGAAUGUCCCACUUGUCGUGUGCAUUGUCCUAGCAAAAGAUCAGUAAGAGAUGAUCCAUCCUUUGAUGCUAUAAUUCAACUUAUUUGUCCAAAUAUUGACGAGUUUGAGAAACAGGAAUUGGCCUACAUUGAAAAGGAACUGGAUCAGCCUAAUAAGAAGGUGCCUUAAAAGCUUCAUUUGCAUCACAUGGUGUAGAAUUGGUAGGGUGGCACUUUGUGUAACUGGAUAUGCUAAACAUAGUUCUAAACAGCUCUAUUUCGAUUACUAUGAAAUAAGUUUACAACAGCGACCUUGGACAAAGUUUUGUUAUGAUUUGUAAUCAUUAGGAUAAUAUUUGCGUUUUUUUAGAAUAUUAAUUUCAUGUUGAUUUACUGUUAUAGUUGA